AUGUCCGCCUCUCUGCCCGGCGCACGCGCGCUUCCCGACUCGCAGUAUGACUUGAGCACCUACUGGGGCCGCGUCAGGCAUACCGCUGGCCUUACCGAUCCGAGGACGCUUCUCGUUGGCAAUGCCGGUCUCGAGCAAGCCAAGCAGCUCCUCGUCUCCUACAAGCAGGGACAGAUCAAGUCCAUGACGCCCGACUUGUGGCAGGCCAAGAAGCUCGUCGACUCUACUCUCCAUCCCGAUACCGGAGAAAAGGUCUUUCUCCCCUUCCGCAUGUCCUGCUUCGUCCUUUCCAACUUGGUCGUAACAGCCGGCAUGUUGACCCCUGGCCUUGGUAACCGCGGCACCAUCGCCUGGCAAGUAGCCAACCAAUCCCUCAACGUUGCCAUCAACUACUCCAACGCCAACAAGUCUUCGCCCCUCAGCUGGUCCAAGAUCGCCCAGUCCUACUUCCUUGCCGUCGGCGCCUCCUGCGGCGUGGCCGUCGGUCUCAACAGCGUUGUCCCGCGCCUCAAGUCGCUGGCGCCCUCGACCCGUUUGAUUCUCAGUCGUCUGGUUCCGUUUGCCGCCGUCGCCUCGGCCGGUGCUCUCAACGUCUUCCUCAUGCGCGGCGAGGAGAUGCGUACGGGCAUUGACGUGUACCCGGUCCUGUCGGCCGCCGACAAGGCCAAGCUGGUUGCGGAGGGCAAGGGCGAAGGAGACGUGGAGAGCCUGGGUAAGAGCAAGAAGGCGGCGACGAUUGCCGUGGCGGAGACGGCCGUCAGCAGAGUGCUCAACAGCAGCCCGAUCAUGGUUAUCCCCCCUCUUGUGCUGGUCAGGCUCCAGGCUACCCAAUGGUUGAAGAGGAACCCGAGGUACACGACCCCGAUUAACCUCGGUCUGAUCUUGGUGACCAGCUAUGCCGUGUUGCCGUUGGCGCUGGCGGCGUUCCCCCAGAUGCAGAAGAUCGAGGCGGAUAGGCUGGAGGGAGAGUUCAAGGGUCGUGGUGGUCAGGAUGGCUUGGUUGUUUUCAACCGUGGUAUCUAAGAGGCGGCGAAGGGGAGCGGGCGGGUUCUGGUGGGAUGGGUUAGUUCCCUCUGUCUUGAAGAUGGAGAACCGUGGAGAAGUGUGCACACAAUGGGCGGCAUAGCCUUGGAGUUUUCUUGUUCAUAUGGCAGCGGCAGCGGCGAAAGACGGCGGCGAUAUCCUGAAAAGCUAUGUUGAUUUGGUCAG